AUGAGACUCGGGCAAAGAAACCUCCACCCUGAACAAAAGUCAGCCGAUUCCACAUGCGUCAGCAACCCAUCCGGCGUCACUGGCAAACUAUGCACCUGGAUCUACGAUACCUCCAUUGGCGACAUUCCUCCCGAGAUCCUCUGGCGAGCCAAAUACUUGAUUCUCGACGGAGUCGCCUGCGGUCUCGUGGACGCCCACUUACCAUGGUCUGAGAUUGCGGCCAAAGGCAUCUUCAAGAUGGAGCCAGAAGGACAGUGUACGGUGAUGGGCUGGGGUGGGAAGAAGCUCUCCCCCAUUGCGGCCGCGGCCUUGAACAGCACUUUCAUCCAAGGCUUCGAGCUUGACGACUACCGCUCCAAUGCCCCACUACAUUCUUGCACCCUCCUUCUACCUGCAUUAUUUGCAGCUAUAGAAGCGGACAACAGCCGGAAUUUCUCUGGCGAGGACUUCCUCAAAGCUUUCGUCGUCGGUUGCGAAAUUGGACCUCGUGUUGGCUUGGCUUUACAUGGUGCUGAACUCCUCUCCCGAGGCUGGCACAGUGGCACUGUUCAGGGUCCCUCGGCAUCCGCUGCUGCAGUCUCUUCUCUGCUAGGAUUGUGUCCUGCACACAUCGAAUCCGCACUGGGCAUGGCCUGCACACAAGCCGGAGGCCUCAUGCCUGCACAAUACGGAUCUAUGGCGAAACCGGCCCUCAUGGCCCAAGAGGGAUACACGGGGAUCCAAGAAGUCUACGAAACCCCGUACGGCGGUUUCCUGAGCUGUUUCUCCGAGGGCUCGAUCCAUACCCCCAAGUCCCUCCCAGACGAACUUAUCAAAGGACUAGGCAAGAGAUGGGAACUCGAUGGGAUUCGAGUGAAGCUUCAUGCCUCUAUGGCAGGUCUGCAUGGAACAAUCGACUGCGUCCAAAAUUUGCAAACUCAGUGCCCAGAACGUUUCAACAUUGAGAAUUUGUCAAACAUCGAGAGCAUCACGACCGAGCACAGCAAACCAGCAUUUGAGCACGGUGGCUGGAUAGCGCCGGCCGACAAGUCGCUCUCAUCGACGGCGGCGCAGAUGAACAUUCAAUACGCGGCGGCCGCCCAAUUUGUGGACGGGGAAGUCUUGAUGGCACAAUUCGGUGCGGACAAGCUGAAUCGACCUAUUCUCCGAGAGGUGAUGGCCAAGAUCACCCCUACGCAUAAUCCAGAGCUGGAUCAAGAUGCAACUGUUGGCUGGGUGACUGCCAUGACGGUGCGGUUCAAAGAUGGUACGGAAGUCAAGAAUCGGACCGAGAGUCCUAGGGGCAUCAGGCCACCCGCAAGCAAUGAAGAUAUCGUUAAGAAAUGGAGGAUGUUAGUCAGGAAUGUGGUAGAAGACGAACGACGAGAUGAGAUUGAACGAUGUGUGUUGGACUUGGAGUUAUUGAGUGACGUGAGGGUUUUAAUUACCUUAUUGGAGGGAACUGUACGGUGUCCUAUUGCUCUGUAG